UUUGUCUCUGGGAGUUAAGCACAAUAUCAAAUACACCGGAAUAAAAAAAAUUAAAAAGGCCAUUAAAAAGGAGACCAAAUUAAUUGACGGAACAAAUCUUCAGUAGAUCAGUUACCUUUAGCGUAAUACUUGUGCCUAAAAUCCACAUUUUCGCCAGCAAUUCGGGGAAAAAAAAAAAGAAUAUUCUGAUUUUGCUGUCUGUGAGAUUCCGGAACCCGAAACAGUUUUGUAUGUUAAACCAGCUUUAGGUAUUCACCUUGUUUUUUUUUUUUGGUUUUUUAGAGACACGUUUUUUUUUAAAUUGUGUAUUCCUUAGUUAAGAGUUAUUUUUUCUAUUGCGUUUGCGAUAUGUGUUUGUUCGCGUCUUGAAAAGUUUUUGAGACGGGGCGGUUUAAUGACAGUUAAGUUUUGUUGCAUUUACGUUUUCAUAUCUGUCAAAAAAAAACAGUCUGGCUGGUAAUCGGGUCCCAGGCCCGUGCAGUUUCUAAAACCAUUCAGUGCGCUCACCAUACGAAAAUAACAUAUCCGUCAUUCUUAUUAACAUUUAUAUACGUUUAAAUUGAACAAAUUUUCUGAAAACCGGCUUAUUUCAUCUCUAUUUUUUUACCGUCUUGUAUUAUAUCUGCGUCUAAACCAUUUUGUGUUACCACCGUUUACCAUUAAAAAAAAAAAAAAAAAAUCUUAAAAUCUGCAUUUAUUCGUCAUUUUUAACGCCUGCCUGUAAAUAUGUCGGGACAGUCGAUAACAGAUCGCAUCGCAGCGGCUCAGCACAGUAUGACUGGAUCUGCAAUUAGCAAAGCCGUGUGUAAGGCCACCACACACGAAGUCAGUGGACCCAAAAAGAAGCAUCUGGAUUAUCUGAUCCACUGUACGAACGAGAUGAAUGUGAGCAUCCCUCAGCUGGCAGACACUCUCUUUGAAAGGUCUGCCAGCAGCAGCUGGGUGGUCGUGUUUAAAGCACUGAUCACAACCCACCACCUCAUGAUGUACGGAAACGAGCGUUUCAUCCAGUACUUGGCUUCCAGAAAUACUCUCUUUAACCUAAAUAACUUCCUAGACAAAGGUGCAUUGCAAGGCUAUGACAUGUCUACCUUUAUCAGGCGUUACAGCCGGUACCUGAACGAAAAGGCCCUCUCCUAUAGGCUCGUCGCUGUGGACUUCACCAAAAUGAAGAGGGGAGUCGAAGGAGUUAUGCGCACCAUGAAUGCAGAGAAGCUGAUAAAGACGCUCCCGAUUAUUCAGAACCAGCUGGACGCACUGUUGGAUUUUGAAGCGAACCCCAAUGAGCUGACCAAUGGGGUGAUCAACACUGCCUUCAUGCUGCUCUUCAAAGACUCCAUCCGUCUCUUUGCAGCGUACAAUGAGGGUGUCAUCAACCUGCUGGAGAAAUACUUUGACAUGAAGAAGAGCCAGUGUAAAGAAGCUGUGGAAAUGUAUAAGAAAUUCCUCUACAGGAUGACCAAGCUGUCUGAGUUUCUCAAAGUGGCUGAGCAAGUUGGAAUUGAUCAGGGUGACAUUCCAGAUCUUACACAGGCCCCCAGCAGUCUGCUGGAAGCACUGGAGCAGCACCUGGCUUCUCUGGAGGGCAAGAAAACCAAGGAGUUCUCUGCAGCCAGCAGAGCAAGCACCCUGUCCAGUGCCGUGUCCACUCUGUCCAACACAGGCAUGUCCUUCAGCAGAAUGGACGAGAAGGAGAAGCAGCAGGCUCUGGAGGAAGAGCAGGCCAGGCUCCAGUCCCUCAAGGAACAGCGUUUGAAGGAAAUCGGGAUGCAGACUCCAACCGUGUCUCCCAUUUCCCAGUCUGGGGGCAGUGCCAACACCAGCACCACCACUGGCUUGGACCUCUUUUCAACCCCAGCCACUGCUCCCUCCACCAACAGCAUGCCAAACCUGACCAGUGAUCUGUUCGACCUACAGCCUGUGUUCGUCCCCACAGUGCAGAGCACUCCAGCCAUCUCAACCUCCAUCAACACUGCCUGGGGAGGUUUGGACCCCCGCUCCAUGCCACAGGCCGUUCCAUUAUCCGCAAUGAGUGUAGAUUUCGACGCUGUGUUCGGGACUAAAGUUGCCAAUAACGAUGUGAAGACCACAAGCGGGUUGGAUCCACUAGGUGAUCUCCUGAAGCCCACAGUGUCGACACAGAGCAGCUCUCCAGCAGCAGGGCAGCAGCAGCAGCAGCAGCAAGGAGGCAAGCUGCUCGCCAACGACCUUGACUCCUCCCUCGCAAGCCUCGUGGGCAAUCUUCAUUUUGGUGGUGCACUGGCCAAGCCAGAUAUGCUGUGGACCCAGCCUGGGGAGAAGAAGCUAACAGGCGGUACGCACUGGCAGUCUAAAACCAUGUCCACCACCACCGCGUGGAACGCAACGCCCAUGGCUCCAGCACCAGUGGCAGUACCACAGAUGAACGGAGUUCUCUAUGCUGGCUAUCCCGUACCAGGACCCAUGGCAUACCCUAUGGCAACACCUCAAGUGCCUUUGUAUGGAAUGGGAAUGGUUCCCCAGCAGAUAGGAACUGUCCCCAUGAUGGCCCCUCAGCCCAUGAUGUACAACCAGCCGAUCCUGAGACCUACGAACCCCUUCGCCCCCAUCCCUGGAGCGCAGAUGCAGUUCAUGUAGAGAAGACAAAGCCAGCUUGUUCAAGGCAAAAAGAACACCAAAUAGAGCGAGGAGAGGCGAGCAGGAAGCUGCACAGAGACUCACAACUGUUGCUUUCCUACUGCUCCAAUAACUUAUUAACCUGCACCUGUGCAGCACUGGAGCCCCUGUCUGAAAUAGCCACCUCGCUCUCUGUGUCUGCCAGGCUCUUUUAUAGAAGAGUCUGCUUUUAAAAUGGUAACCCUGGCAUGUAAAGUCCAACAGUAUUUCUCAGAAAAAGAAAAAUGCAGGUCAGAAAAAAAUGGGAAUGUGUUGGGGAGAUUUAGGGGGGGGUGGGAGGGGGGGGGGAUCAUAUAUUAAUGCACUGAAUACCCUCGUUGGUAGAGUUUGUGUAUUUUUAUCUACCUGUCUUAGCAGGUGUAUCAGGUCACCCCACUGAAACUAGACCAACCCCCGGACUAGAGGUGCAGAUUUUGGGGUUACUGGGGUGUACCGCAUGACCAGAUGUUUUGUUCCAUGGAUAUUUGGCUACUUGAAUGCCUCUCUCUCCCUUGUUUGUUUUCUCUGCCCUUCACCCAGCUCUCUGUUUGGUGUGUGGGUGUUUGAGAGAGUUCUUAACAAGGUACUUGCGUCACUGGUUCCCCAGUUGUUUUAGGUACCUUGAGUAUUUGGAGAGACAAAGUACCUGUUUGGGUGUGGAUACCUGAAUUUUGUGCUUUUAUCUUCAGGUGUUGUUAAAUACCAAUGCAUUUUCACCUGGGCGUGGGAUAGGGUUUGUCUUUUAGGAAUGUACCUGGUGUUUAAAAUGUGCAGGUUGGUUUUCAAAUUGUAUUAAUCUAAGAUCCUUUAAGUGUUGCCAAACAAAUCCAAUCUUUUUUUUCUCCAGUGUCUACAAUGUCAGGAACUGCCAUUGAGAUUCUCAUAUUAAGGGCAUUACAUUGGGGUCGGGGGUCGGGGGGGCUGCCUGUAUAGCAUUCAAGUGCAAGCUGUAAUCCCCCCCGCCCUGCAUUUACUCUGUAGUGUGGCUGUUGCAGACAGGUUAUAGCAGCGUAAGGGCUGGACUGUUUCAUUGUGUGUGUUACGAUGAGCUGUGCCCUGUUUUGAUCACAGCCCUAAAAGGGUAUUUUUCUUCCUUGGUAGUAAUUUGUUGUAAUCCAUGUAUGAGCUACAACUAGGACAGAAAUAAGACUGUAUGACAGGCAGUCUGAGCCACUCCAUGUGUGACUGUGAGUUUAAUCAGACUCUGUUUAUAGGUCACAAGUUCAAGUGGCAUUGCUCACUGCUGUCUGAUGGGAGUCGGAGUUCCAUCCAGGGCUGGACACUGUUGAAGACAUGCUGUGAGCAGGGUGGAAGAAUCUCAGUGUUUUUCGUUCCCAUUUUCUCUUGAGACAGGCACUGUAUCUUACCAUUUAGCCCAGUGUCACUUAGGAAGCACUAUAGGAAACGGCAAAGUACUCUACCCUCACUUAAACUUAAUCAAUCAAAAUGAGGUUGCCAAAAACGUGUUUUAGGUUGCCAUUACCCCCCUCCCCAUUAUACUUUCUCAGAGAUAUGUUUUGUACCACAGCACACCCUAGUGGGGGAACUGUGGCAUGAUCAGUUUGUCUUCUGAAAUUGCUCUAUACAGUGCUUGACUUGGAUUAACAACAACUGGUGACAAAGAGCCUGGGGAUAUAUUAUAUAUACAUAUAUAUUUUUAUUUUGUAUUUAUUUUUUUCAGAUGAUAACUGUCCAACCUAGAUAGAUCAAGUGCCACCAGAAUUGAUUGUAAUACAGCAUUCAGCACAAGACUUAUAUACAGUAUAUAAAUAAAUACAUGAAAACUGCACAAACAGUGCCAUUUGCUGGAAUGUAAAGAAAACCAAGCUGAAGAGCCGCCUUUUUCUAUACAGGAAGUUUCUAUUUGCAUACACAAGAUAUGUAUAGUUGAUGUACAUGUGUGUUUGUACAGUAUGUGUCUGUGUGAGAACAUGUGUGUUAUAAAAACCUGCAGUAUCCCCAGUAACCUGUGUUCUGAGGCAUGGAUGAUUCCAGACUGCAGGAGUGGGAGGAGUUCUCUUUCAAUGUACAGUAUGUGUUUGGGGUUACAGGGCUGUAUCUCAGCCUGUUUUUAACCUGUCCGUUCCAGGGCUGCGCACUUCUCCUCCCUGUUUGUCAUUCAACCUCA